AUGCAAGUUUCUGUUGAACAGACACAACAAGAAAAGCAAGAUGAAACUCCAUUGACUCUUUCGCCAGCACUGGCAACACAAUUUGUCGAAGCAUUACAAUUUUGUAAGACAAUAGUCGACUUUGAUAACCCACAGACAAUCAAUAUGAGAAGCAAAAAAGCAGAUUAUCUCACGAAAAUCUUCAAUACUGUUAAUAACGUUCACGUAUUUCGGAGCCUAGACGAAUCAUUACGAGUAGAAUUAUUCGAUAUGAUAAAAGUAAACAUAUUACGCGAAAUUCCACCUAUUCCACUCACGAUUAUCGACGCAGAUUCAAGGAUACCAAUUAACACUAAUAGUUGGUUACAUCUUUCAACUGUUCAUAGAAUACUAUACUCAUUCGUAUCUAAUUCGGAGAUCAGUGCUCUGCAAAAUUUAUUAACUAAAGAUUUUCUCACGCGUUACAUAACAUUACUCGAAAGUCCAGAUCCAAAAGAGAUACAAGCAGUCGAAUCUUUCAUAUUACUCGUAUUUGAUACAGUCUCAGGCUAUCGUCAGAUAAUUUUUCAAAUAAUUUUACGCCAGCUUCUCAAAUACCGUGAUAACUACAUGCUAUAUCCUUGUGUAGCCCCAUGCCUCCGAUUUCUCCAUCAUUUCUUGAAAGCGCAGACGCUCCCUCUCAAACCUCCAUUUUUCACACUUUACAAAACGAUUAUUUUCCCCUUAAUUUCCUCUCAAAUGUCUUCUGAGUUUUUCGGACCAUUUAAUCAACUCGCCGAGUUCUUUGAGAGCCAAGAUGGAACCAUUUCCACAUGGACUCUUUACGAAUUAGUGAAACAUUGGCCAAAAACAGACACAAACAAAGAAACUGCUUUUCUUAGCCAUUUUUCAUAUUUGGCGCCUCAUCUUCCACCGAAAGACAUCGAGAGCUGCGGCUUGAUCAUCUUCAACAUCCUUAAGGAAUCCUUGGAUUCGUUGAACUUCAAAACAAACAUUUCUGCUUUGAAUGUAAUAACGAACAAAAAUUUUUUAAUUGUUUUCUCAUCGUUUUCGACAAAACUCGUUCCUAUCAUACUGAAAGGUGUUGAUAGAUGCAGCGCGCACUGGAACGUUGUUGUAUCAAAAGCAGCUUUGGACGCAGCCAGAGUUUUGAUGUCUGUAAACCAUGAUGUCGGCAGCAGACUCGAAAUCGGAAGAAUAGAGAGUGAGAGAAAUAGAGCAAUACAAUCUAAAAGAAGGAAUUGGGAGGUUUUGGUCGAAGAAGUCACAAAAAAUGACAAAAAUAAUUUUGACAAAGAAGAGAUAUUACAGAGAAUCGAUGUGUUAUUUAAGUAA